AUGGACGAAAUAUUCGCAAACCAUUUGGCUACACGCGACGAUCGGCGGCUCUUACUGACGCAUAUCCCAAGAGUCCCCCUCCUUGUAAUACUAUGGUCCUUCUUCGCCCUCACGACAGUGGUGAUGAUCUUCCGACUAGUCAUCCGAAUAUGGCUUCAACGACGGCUAUUCUGGGAUGAUGCGUUUGCCAUAUUUGGAUACAUAGGACUCGUUGCUCAAGUGGUCCUCGUCACUAUUAUAGCUCCAGUGAUAUACAUACAUCUCCAGGGCUUUACCGGACGUCCACCACCGGGGUACGGCGUGCAAGUGACAUUGAUGAUCCGCGUGGUGUUUGCGCAUACUAUAAUCUAUACUGCAAGCAUAUACUGCGUCAAAGGAAGCUUCAUGGGACUCUAUUGGAGACUUAUCAGAGACUUGCCCGGCUACCGAAAGCUAUGGUGGGCUUUGACAAUUUUUUGCAUCGUUGUGCUGAUCAUCAAUGCCGUUUUAUUCCCGGUGGGAUGCUCGACAUUGGAAGUCUUUCACUGUGUCGAUGACAGAAGCAUUAUGCACACCUUGGUCAGCCUCCGGUUUAACACCGCGAUGGAUAUCUUCACCGAUUUAUGCAUUAUGUGCUUGCCAACUAUCCUGAUUAUGCGCUCCAAUCUUCCUGGCCCUCAAAAGAUCGGUCUUGUCGUCCUGUUCCUACUCGGUUUUAGUAUCAUUGCUAUCUCUAUCGUCCGCAUUAUCAAAAGCAAUGCCUUCGAGAAACAGCCACCUGUCUCCUGGCUUCUGUUCUGGAGUACAAUGGAAACGUCUGUGGCGGUCAUCACAUGCUGCCUUGCAACGUUUAAAUCUCUUUUCAACCUGAAGCAGCGUCCUACGCACUAUUCCUACUAUACCGCAACGCGAUCAUCUCGCCGCCGACGCACGAAACACACUGGCCAGGCAGCUAACAUGGACAACAUGGGCUUGACGCUACCGACGAUUUCCGACCUCGAGACUGCGGACAAUCAUCCACCCGGUGCUCAUUCGAUCGAUAAUAAAGAGGCUAGCGUCAUGAGCCUUUCUUCAGACAGGAAGACGGCCAAGUCACACGAUGCCGAAUUGAAAGAGGAGAUCAUAAUCGGAGCCGGCGGUGCUCCCAAUCCUCAGGCGCAGACUCCACAGCCUGACCUCCAAGUACCAAGCAUGGUACAAGUGCGAUAG